UACAUCUCUACCGCUGUCGCGGGCGAAAAAAGUGCAGUGCGUCGAAAAGUUCGUGUUUCAGUGUCCAGAACAGGAAAUAAUUCAAAAGUCGCGUGGAAACGGCGAACGUUAUUGCUUUUUGCUAUCGCGCAAUAAAAAAAAUAAUUGUUGGGAAGAACUGCAUUCGAGAUUGUUUUUCCCGUUGCUAUUAUUUGUUUCUCUGUGCGAGUGGCGAAGGAAACGAAAACGAAAAUCGGGAAUAAAGAGGAACGCUGAUAAGCACGAGUCGUGGAAAGAAAACAGAAGAACAGCGAAUUGCAUUUUGCACUUGGCAAAUCCAAUUUCCACGCACACAUUGCACCAGGAACCAUUUAAAGAAGAAGACUGAACAACCACGCCCACAAAGUACUUGUAAACUACUGAAUCAAAAGCCACCGCUCAAGUAACUCAGAAGCACACAAUCAAAAUCCAGCACACAACAAAUCCACUCGUUCGAGAGACCAAGGGAGACCAAGCCAAUCCCAGCCAAGAUGUCGUCGCGUUCCAAGGAGAGAGUAGUCACUGCAUUCCGCAAAAUCUUCCACAAGUCCAGCAAUAACAAUAAUAACAACAACCAUAAUAAUAACAUAAAUAAUAAUAACAACAAUGACAAGGUCGAUGCCGCCACUGGCAGCGGUCCGAAUAUAAACAACAAUAAUAAUAAUAAUAACAACAAUCACGAUGGAGCAGCAGCACCCUCUUCGGCCGGAGGCGUCGCCAUGGGCGGUGGAGCAGUAGGAUCGUCGGGAUCAUCCGGUGCCGCCAAGAAUGCCGUAGUUCGAAUGGCAGCCGAGCAAGCUAUCUGGGAUUCCCCAGGCAAGCGGCGACGACAAGAUCACAAGGUGGCGCCGACGACGGAACGCCAAUUGGUGGCGGCUCCGGAUCACACGAUUCGAACCCGUCGCCUAAUGAAAGAAUACCGCGAAAUGGAGCGACUGCAGGCCAAGAACGAUGCUGUCUUCACGGUGGAACUCGUCAACGAUAGCCUGUUCGAGUGGCACGUACGCCUGCACGUGAUUGAUCCGGACUCGCCGCUGGCCAGAGAUAUGGCCGAGAUGGGUGUGCCGGCCAUACUGUUGCACCUGAGUUUCCCCGACAACUUUCCCUUCGCCCCGCCCUUCAUGCGCGUGGUGGAGCCGCACAUCGAGAAGGGUUACGUGAUGGAGGGUGGCGCCAUCUGCAUGGAGCUAUUAACACCGCGCGGAUGGGCCAGUGCCUAUACAGUGGAGGCGGUCAUCAUGCAGUUCGCAGCCAGCGUGGUCAAGGGCCAAGGCAGGAUCACGCGCAAGCCAAAGAGUACAAAGGAGUUCACUCGUCGCCAGGCGGAGGAGUCGUUCCGUUCGCUGGUGAAGACGCACGAGAAGUACGGAUGGGUGACGCCCGCCCUGUCCGAUGGAUAAGCGGCGCUUUCCGGACCGCAAGGAAACCCUGCUCAGAUGCUCUGCGUUUGCCAACACAACCAAUGCAAUUUAAUAUUCAGCCACCCAGCUCAUAGUCAUCAAGACAUCUAUAUCCAUCUUUAUACUCUCUAUAAGUUUCAUCUACUUGUCAAGUAACGAACGAUUUCAAUUGCAAACCAUCCAAAGCAACAAGACAAACUCCAAGAAACAAACAACAAGAAAAAACAAAACACGCAAAUAAAUGAAACUAAAACGCGCAUCAAGCAACAAAUUUGCUUAAAAUGUAACUCUAGCUCGUAGUCAUCAGUAAAUAGGAAGUUUCGCCGAAUACAAAAUGGAUAUUUAAGUAUUAUUAGUUGAACCUGAACAAAAAAACAAGUACGAUGAACACUACUUUUCCACUAUAAUUUCCUUCGCCUAGCGCAUAUUAAGUUAUAUAAGAUUUACAGAAUCAAUUAGUCUGAUAUCUUGGUUCGACUGUGUUAUAAUUUGUUGUGAUUUUUGUUGAAUUUAAACAAACCGUGAAGAAACCAAAUUACAACAUCAGCUUGUAAACAUAAGUGUGUUCCUCGAACUUCGCACUUUCAUUCUAAGCUACGCAUAAUAAAUAAAUGUAACAUGUGUCUAUUA